UUCUCGUCCAGAAGACCGGGGGUUUGUUGUUCCUUUGGGAGAUUUUCACCGGUUUGUAAGACAAUAUUAAGAAGAUCAUACACCCCACAUAUUGUACACCCGUGCACACGCUCACACACACUCACACACACUCUCUGUCUUUCUUUUGGGUUUUCUGGAUUGUAGUCUACAGAGCUGGAGAGGAAGUCUGCGACACACACACACCUGUAAACGCAGUGUGUCCUUGGUGUGAAAAGCGGCCAGUCUGAUGAUGGCGGCUUCGGCUUCAUCCUCCUCCUCCUCAGCCGUCGAAGUAGAUCAGAGCUCUGCUAAUCUGCGACCUCCAGCCUCGGCGUGUGAUGGCUGGUACGGGGUCGCGCAUGGCUGCACCCGCAAACUGGGCAUGAAGAUCUGUGGGUUUCUGCAGAAGAACAACAGCUUGGAGGAGAAAGGCAGAAUGAUGGGAUCCUUCAGAGAGAAAGAGCAGAGUCAUAACAGGGAGAACCGGGAGAAGGAAACACGCUUCACUCACACAGAGACAGACUUCUCCAACCUGUUCGCCCGAGAUUUACUUCCUGCUAAAAAUGGCGAAGAGCCGACUAUGCAGUUUCUCCUCGAGGUUGUGGAGAUCCUGACCAAUUACGUUCGCAAGACUUUCGAUAGAUCCACCAAAGUUCUAGACUUCCACCAUCCACACCAGCUCCUGGAGGGCAUCGAGGGCUUCAACCUGGAGCUGUGUGACCAGCCUGAGUCGCUCGAGCAGAUCCUCGUGGACUGCAGGGACACGCUCAAGUAUGGAGUUCGCACAGGACACCCAAGAUUUUUCAAUCAGCUCUCCACUGGUCUGGACAUUAUCGGCCUGGCUGGAGAAUGGUUAACGUCUACUGCUAACACUAACAUGUUCACAUAUGAGAUUGCACCCGUGUUUGUGCUGAUGGAGCAGCUGACGCUGAAGAAGAUGAGGGAGAUUGUCGGCUGGCCUAACGGGGAAGGAGACGGCCUUUUCUCUCCAGGUGGUGCCAUAUCAAACAUGUACAGUGUGAUGAUCGCCCGCUAUAAGUAUUUCCCCGAGGUCAAAACCAAAGGCAUGUCAGCGGCACCGCGGCUCAUCCUCUUUACAUCAGAACACAGUCACUAUUCGAUCGCAAAAGCUGGAGCAGCUCUGGGUUUUGGAAAAGAAAAUGUUAUCCUGCUCAGCACCGACGAAAGGGGUCGAGUCAUACCUGCAGACCUGGAGGCUAAAAUCAUCAGCGUCAAACAGAAGGGUUAUGUUCCACUAUUUGUGAAUGCCACGGCUGGUACUACAGUGUACGGAGCGUUUGACCCCAUCAACGACAUUGCAGACAUCUGCGAAAAGUACAACGUCUGGCUCCAUGUGGAUGGUGCAUGGGGUGGCAGUCUUCUAAUGUCGAGGAAACAUCGUCACAAGCUGAACGGUAUCCAGAGAGCGAACUCGGUCACGUGGAACCCUCACAAGAUGAUGGGCGUGCCACUGCAGUGCUCAGCCAUCCUGGUCAGAGAGAAGGGAAUUCUGCAGGGCUGUAACUCCAUGUGUGCCGGUUACCUGUUCCAGCCUGAUAAACAGUACGAUGUGACAUACGAUACAGGAGAUAAAGCCAUCCAGUGUGGCAGACAUGUAGACAUCUUCAAAUUCUGGCUCAUGUGGAAAGCCAAGGGCACGGUCGGGUUUGAGCAGCAUGUGGACCGUUGUCUGGAGCUCUCUCAAUAUCUCUACAACAAAAUCAAGAAUCGUGAGGGUUACCAAAUGGUCUUCCAAGGAGAGCCCCAGCACACUAAUGUGUGUUUCUGGUACAUUCCACCGAGUAUGAGGAACAUGCCAGACGGAGAGCAGAGAAGGGAACAACUGCACAAGGUGGCACCGAAGAUCAAAGCGAUGAUGAUGGAGUGCGGCACCACCAUGGUGGGCUACCAGCCGCAGGGAGACAAAGUCAACUUCUUCCGCAUGGUCAUCUCCAAUCACGCUGCCACCAAGUCAGACAUCGACUUCCUCGUUGAGGAGAUUGAGAGACUCGGACAAGACCUGUGAUAGAGUUGUACAGAGCGCCAUCUUCUGGAGGAAGCCCUGUGUAACAUCCAAUGAGUGUAAACCUGUGCUAUGUCCCUGUUCAACAGUUUAAAUGUAGUUUUAAAGUGCACCGUGUCCCGUCGAACUGGUAGAUGUGUCUAGUAUUAGUGAGAUAUUUAGACCUAGUCUGCACUAACACAGAAAAAUCUGAAAACAGACAAAUUAAGUUUCCCAAACCUGAAAAUGAUAGAACAACUUACUGAGCAUGCACACUGGACCUUCAGCCUUCACACUUCUGCACGAUGACAUAAAAAAUUUUCUUUGCAAGCUACAGUGUCACAAAGCAACAAAAGGUAUUAUUACAACAUCACAGCUCCAGAGGUCAACCCUGAGCACAGUAUGGAGUUUCUUGUGAAGCACGUUCUCUCCAAUUCUGCCCCUAGUUGAGAUCCACGUCGUAGGGUGCCAAGGGAUAUCCCUGAUUCUCAGAAUAGGCUCUGGAUCACUGACCAGGAGGAUGUGUUUACUGAAGGUGCAUUAAUACAGAAAACACAGCAUCCUGCAAUUGUUAAGAUCACAUGACAAUCAUAUAGUAUCUUUAAAUGCCUCAUUAGAUUUAUCCAUCUUUGAGUUAGCAAUGCAUAAAUCCUUGACACUUGGAUAGCAGGAAGGUUUCCCAUUCUUCCAAAUUCUCCUCUGGGUUCUGGUAGUGAAUUCUGGGUCUUCAGAAAGCUCAGAAACUUGACCAGACUUGAUCAAAGAAUUGUUUGGGAAUUCAAAGAACAGGAACCUUUCCUAUUCAUACGAAUUCUGCAAAAGUCUGGGUUAAGUUGGUGAAAUCUGGGCCUUCAGAAAGGCUUUGAACUUCCUAUUUACUAGUUUACAUAAGUACACAUGUUUGUAAAGCCAUUUGCCUAAUGUCUGGGCUUGUUUAGUGCUGUUUAGGUGUUCUCUGCCAGCACUUAUCUCACCAACAUACCGACUACACAAACAGGUGUGCAAGUAUACACUACUCUAUAAUGAAUAGAAAUUUAGAAAGUUUAGACUACAUUUGAGUCAUGUCUGAUAUAUUGUAGGAAUUGUCUACAUUCUGUUAAAAAAUAGAUAGAAAUACAAAUGACAAAUGUUUUUUGGUUUUCAGCAAUCAUAAAAUACUAAAAGAGUAGCAGGAAAGACAAAGGAAUAAGAAUAUGUGUUUUCAAAUUUGCUGGUGUUAGUGUGGACUAAAACUUAGUGAUAUAUGAUGAUUAGAUAAACACUAAGGGUAUUAAUAUAACUAGACGAUUUAAACAUACACAUACAAAUCAGUCCACGUACUGUGUAAUAAUUCACUUUGAAUAAUGUCCCUCUUUGUGGCAUGAGUGUGUAUAAUAGAAACUCCUCCUUCACACAGUCCGAAAAACAAAAGCACAGCACAUAGUUUUAAUCACAUUAACAUCCAUACAUAUACAGUAUGCAUAUAUUUAUAAUAACUAUAUAUUAUGUGUAAUGGGACAGUUACAGUGCUUCAGGUUGUAAAUACAUAACAAAGACAAAGAGCAAGGCGCACCACCCUUUUAACAAAGUCUCCUUCCUGUGUAUGUGUGCAAUGUGACGUCUGUGGUCGUGUUUCUUACUGUUGUAGGUCAGUGAGGAUGAACAACCCCGUUCCUUUAGAUCUAAACUCUCACAUGCUAAUUCAUCAGGACAGGACCUGAGCGGUGAGACUGUACAUUUCCAGGAGCAGGGCUGAUCAUCACUGCUGUAGAUCUUGUGUUUAACUAGCGCCUUUGUGAGGUGAAAAUGUGUCUUUGGUUUCCAGAUAAUAACGAAGUGUUCGGAUGGAACUCGUCAAACCAUGCUUUUGAAAUCAUACCUUUGGCAUUUAAGUCGUUCGAACUGUGAGAAGAUGGUUUCUAAGCAACUGGGAAAUGCUAAAACAGAGAACAAAGCUUAAAGAUUUUGUGAUAUAUGGGAGUAACCAUAAUUACCGUCUUCCAGUUUAGCAAUGCAUGCAUGCUUUAAAAUUGGAAUAAUAAUACAUUUUCCCGUUAUCUUGAAUUCUGCUACAUUCAAGCUUUAGUUUUGGAAACUCUGGCUAUCAAAAAGAUCUUGCACUGGUCAAUAAUUGAGCACUUUGACACUGAAAUAACUGGAGAUUUUCCCAUCGUUCCAAAUUUCCAAGCUUCCAAGUAUGCUUAACAAAAUCAGGGCUGUCAGAAAACUCCAAAUAUCCGACAUGCCCGUGUAUGAAUGCUUUGACAUUGGAAUUAUGGGAAAGUUUACCAUUUACCCAAAUCCUGUUUAGGUUUGCAAAAUCUGGGCUGUCAGAAAGCUCCUGAUCCUUAAAUUCUGCAAUGUAUUGGUAAAAUGUUGGGCCUUUAUAAAGCUUUGAAAUUGGAAUCACUGGAAGUUUUCUCAUUCUCCCAAAUAAAAAAGGGGACAAUUCAGGGGUUUUCAAGUCUAUCAUUGUAUUUAUGAGGAAAGAAAAGAUGAAAUCCGUACUAAGCACACUGUAACUUUAAGAGAUACAAACUCUGUUUAGCUCAGUGGGACUGCAGUAGCGUCAUAAGAUUCUUAGCCAAACUUUGGAAUGCAGUUUU